AUGCUGGGUGAGGACCCAGGUGGGAUGCUCCGCGACGAGGAGGGGUGUCGGCGGGACGGCGAUGGAGUCCGGGAAGAUGUUGGCGGGCGACAGGAGGAGAUGGCAACAGCUACCCGUGGCGGAAACUGGGCGGCGUAUCUCGGCCUGGCGGGGCUUGCCGCGACGGCCCUCGCGCACCCCGGCGGCGACGUCCGGGCCGAGUUCCGGGCGCGGGAGGAGCAUCUCAACAACCCGCAGCGGCGGACCAUGGGCUCGUGCCGGCGCAGCCUCGAGGAGAGCGGCCACUUUGAGGGCGAGCUCUCCCGGCGCAUGGAGAAGAUCGGCAACAUCCGUCGCGACCUCGGCCUGGCGAACCCGUCCGGCCCCGUGCUCGACAAGCGGCAGGCGAGGGCCGGAUGCGUCCUCGACCCAGAGGUGACCGAGGGCCCGUUCUGGGUCCAAGGCGAGCUGAUCCGCGAGGAUAUCCGCGAGAAGGCGCCGGGCGUCGUCCUUCACCUUGACGUCAACGUCAUCGACGUCUCGACCUGCAAGCCAAUCCCAGACGUCUACGUCGAGCUCUGGGGGUGCAAUUCCACGGGCGUCUACACCGGCGUCGUCUCCAAAGGCAAUGGCAAUGGGGUUGCAGCGCCCGAGGAGAUCAAAAACUCGGCCCUCCGCGGCAUUCAGGCAACCAACGGCAAGGGCGUGGCCAGCUUUGUCACUGUUGUGCCUGGCCACUACGUCGGGCGGGCGAACCACCUGCACACCAUCAUCCACCACAGCGCGUCCAAGCUAGAGAACAACACCAUCCGGGGCGGCACCAUCUCGCACGUGGGGCAGUUCUACUUCGAGCAGGCGCUGCUGCGGAGCGUCGAGGGCAACAUGCCCUACGCGACCAACAAGCAGGUCUUGACGACCAACGCCGCCGACUUCCUGUACAAGCAAGGGUUCGGCAACGGCGACAACCCCGUCAUCGACAUCACAAUGCUGGGCGCCUCGGUCGCCGACGGCCUGCACGGCGUCAUCGACGUGGGCGUCGACCCCCGCGCCGUGCGCAAGCCGCAGCCUGUCAACAUGUGGACAAAGGCGGGGGGCGUCCCCGUGCCGGGCUCGCCGUGGAGCGGGUACCCGUGGACGAAGGCCGUGAGGAAGUGGCUUGGGCUGUGAGUGUGGGUUGGAGAUGUUUGCGGGAGGUCGUGUGUCUGUGGGUGCAAUGCGUGGGGAGGCUCUGCUGUAAAUGUGG